AUGCGACUCUUCGUGGUGCCAAUCUCGACGCGACGAGCGUUGAUCUACUCUCGGCCCCUCAGCAGGGAUAUCGCCAAGGAGCUCUCGGUACUUGAUCGCGUCACGAACAAGGCCGCGGAAACAUGGGCUAAAUGGGAGGAAGCCGAUAAAGGGUGGAAGAAACACCUUGUGACUUGGGGGAAUAAGGUCCAGCAGCGCAUCCCUUUUGAAGAAUGGGGCCUGAAAAGCAUCCCUUCUCUCAAGGCUCAGAGGAGAUUCGAUAAGUCGUCGGAGACGAAGAAAGUCGACGUCCUGUUCCCCGGAAAUGCGAUCAAAGCAGAUAAACUUCGCUCAAUUCUCCGGAAAAUAGCGACAGAGAGACAAGACCUGCAUCGCAAGAGAAUGUGGUGGAGUUUGAUCGCAGCUCCGUUCACAGCUCCAAUUGCGUUGAUUCCGGUAGUCCCUAAUAUCCCUUUCUUCUAUCUUGCGUACCGAGGCUGGUCGCAUUGGCGAGCCUUCAAUGGUUCCAAACAUCUAGAAUACCUUGUUGAGAAAGAUUUACUCAAUCCAGUCUCGUUUCCAGGGCUGGAGCAACUAUACGCAAAACGCGUAGCCCGCGUGCUCGGGAACAAUGACUCCGAGAAGUCCGCUUCAAGCAUGGUUGAAGAAGUGGAGCGGAGCGAAGACAGGUUGUUACUCGAUAUGGCCGACGCUAAGAAACUGGCUUCCAUCCUUGAUGCGCCGGAGCUCGCACUUGAAGCGGAACGAGCUAUCUUCCAAGUUGGCGAAAGUCUCAAGGCCCAACAUCAAGCUGCCAGAACCGCUCAAGGAUCUGCCACGUCGAAAGAGAAGAAGACGUGA